AAUGUUUUGACGUUUACAAAAAAAGUGUUGUUUGUGUUUUCGUGUGAUUUUCAGCUUUGGCUAGUUUUAUUCGAAAAUUGCUUGAAUUUCUGUGAAAAUGUCGCUCGUUGCGUACGAUUACAGUAGUGGCGAAGGGUCCGAUCAGGAAGAGGAUGAGGAAUCGGGACCAUCGGCAGUAGUUGUCGAAACCAGUAAGCCAACCACCAACAACGUAAACAAACCCCAGCAGAACGGAUCUUUCGAGGAAAAGGACGAUCCCAUCGAGGAUGAAGAUGAGGCCCAUCUUCCGCUACCAGCUCCAAAAAAGCUUACGAACGGAUUGAACGUCGAGGAGGAAGAGGACGAUGAGUUUCUGCGGAAGAAGGCCAUUCCAGCGGAAGUGGUCAAACCACUUCCAAAGUUGCCACUUCCCAAGAUGCGGAACGGCAAGGUUCAGAUCACGAUUCCUUCGUUGAGGGACUUUAAAGACGACGAUGCUGAUAAGCCGAAAGCUAAACCAGUCAUCGGUGCGGAACUGCCUAAGAAAGGAACAGGGUUGCUUGGAAUGUUGCCACGUCCGAAAUCGGAAGUGUCCUUCACGGUUCCAGCUGCUCAAGCGGGACCAAGUGCGUCAUCUGCAGCGCCUAGCAAACCCAUCGUAAAUCGUCUGAUACCGGAUUCGGUGGCCAAUCGACCGAGAAAUGUCUACGCCGAGCAGAAAUCCGCCAAGAAGCCACCCCCGAAGAAGGUGGACUCCAAAGCCGUGGAAAGUGACGAUAGCGACGAUGAAAAGGUGGACUUCUUCUCCCUCAACAAGGAGGAAGCCCUGCCGGAGAUUAGCGCCAACGAAAUCAACGCAAUGGUGGCCAAGCGAGCCGCCCGGAUGGCAGAGACGGUCAAGAAGUUUGAAACUCCCGAGGAACAAGAACCGCAACCCGGUUCCAGUGGCCACUACAGUCAGAUGGCACCCAUUCCAGAAGCGCAAGCGGAAGCGGAAGAUCUCGCAAACGAACGCGCCCUGGCCUCGCUUAUCGGCGGCAACAAGGCCAAACGGGCCCGCCUGGACGAGGUCAACAUCAUCGACAUCAGCUCGUCGGACAUUGUGCCCACGAAGGAGGACUUUUUGCGCCGCAAGCUGCAGGAGGAGACGGGCUUCGUGCCGACGGGACAUCUCACCGGGGAUUGGAGCUGCACCAGCAAGCGGAAAUCGCACAUUACGUACCUGGCGUCGAAGGCGGCGGACAAUGCGCAGGAGCUUGAGGCCAUGUGGUCCUCCAACCGGCAGAGUCGGCGCCAAACGCAGAGCAAGUAUGGAUUUUGAGGAAGCGAGGGGAAUAAAAUUGAUCAUUUUGUGUACUUUAAUCACAGUUUAAA